CAUUAACUGCUUAUCUUGUGGAUAUAAAAGGGAGUGCAGCGUCACCCUUAGACGACUGCACCUCGUCUUCUUCUUCUCUUUGCAGUCCAAAUUCCAAACACUAAAUUCUUGUUUUAAUCAGUACCUGCUGCAUUCCAUCUACAACUACAAUGCCAAGCACCUCAGAGGUUAUUACAUGCAAAGCUGCAAUAUGCUGGGGGGUAGGAAAGCCUGUGACGGUGGAAGAGAUACAAGUAGAUCCACCAAAAGCAACCGAAGUUUGAGUUAAGAUGCUUUGUGCCAGUGUUUGCCACACAGAUAUCUCAAGCACUCAAGGAUUAUCAGAUAACUUUCCUCUAGCACCUGGACAUGAAGGAGUUGGUAUUGUGGAGAGUGUUGGUGACCAAGUGAAAAAUCUGAAAGAAGGGGAUGUGGUGAUUCCAACACACAUAGGAGAGUGUCAAGAAUGUGAGAAUUGUGUCUCAGGAAAAACCAAUCUGUGUCUGAAAUACCCUAUGAGAGUGACUGGCCUGAUGCCAGAUAACACUUCAAGGAUGUCCAUCAGAGGCCAGAGGCUACACCAUAUUUUUAGCUGUGCUACAUGGUCCGAAUACAUGGUCAGUGAUGUCAACUAUGUGCUCAAAGUUGAUCCAAGCAUUGAUCCAGCACAUGCUAGUUUCAUCUCAUGUGGGUUUUCAACUGGUUUUGGAGCUGCCUGGAAGGAAGCCAAGGUUGAAAGUGGAUCAAGUGUAGCUGUUUUUGGACUUGGGGCUGUUGGAUUAGGGCCUAUCAGUGGAGCCAAGAUGCUGGGAGCAACUAAGAUAAUUGGGAUUGACAAAAAUGAGAUGAAGAGAGAAAAAGGAGAAGCUUUUGGAAUGACCCACUUUAUAAAUCCUGGUGAUUCCACUAAAUCUGCUUCAGAAUUGGUCAAGGAGCUGAGUGGUGGAAUAGGUGUGGAUUAUUCCUUUGAGUGCUCUGGAGUUGCCCCCUUACUUACAGAAUCCUUGGAAGCCACAAAAGUGGGAACUGGUGAAACAAUAGCAAUUGGUGUAGGAACUGAACCUAUUGUGCCCUUUGGUAUUUUGUCCAUUUUGUAUGGAAGAACUUUGAAAGGUUCUAUUCUUGGAGGGCUAAAAGCCAUAUCAGACUUUUCCAUCAUAGCUAACAAAUGUCAGAAAGAGGAGUUCCCUCUUCAAGAACUAUUCACCCAUGAGGUCACACUGGCAGAUAUAAGCAAAGCAUUUGAGCUAUUGAAACAAUCCAGUUGUGUGAAAGUUGUCAUCAAGAUGUGAUAUUUUAAACAAUAAACAAUGUUUCUAUCUACAAGACAGGCAAUAGAGACCGCAAACUUUCACAUUUAAUUCCUCAUUUUUUUUAUUGAAUAUCAUUUAAUUCCUCAUUACCUUAGAGGAUAAUGUAAUAUUUUAGGGGCUGCUUAUUUUAUGAAAGAAAAUAAAAUAUGUAUGAGUAAAUGUCAUGAAAGAAAAAUAAAA